AUGCCCUCGUCGUCGCCCCCGCCCGCGACGUCGACGUCGACGCCCGCGCCGCUGCCCACGGUCCGCCGCCCCGUCUCGCUCGACGAGUCCGACUCCGACCACCAGCAGCAGCAGCAACAGCAACAACAACACCAACAACAGCACCAGCAGCACCAGCGCCGCCCUGCGCUGCCGCCCGCGUCGGUCAAGUCGCCCACGGCGCCCGAGUCGCGCGCGCCCGGCCCCUCGUCGUCUGCCCACAACUACUCGCGUCCCGCCAUCGUGCGCGAUGCGCCCCCGGCCCAGACGCACAUCGGCGCCCACCUAGGCCACCGCCCGCGACAGCGCUCGCAGGGCUACUUUGAGCCCAGCCUGAGUUCGAUGAAGGAGAGCCCCGUCCGCGAGCGCGAUGCCAUGGCCCCGCAGAGCACCCUCAAUGCCUCGCAGAUUGCUGCCCAGGCCGCCUACGCCCAGAACCCCCAGCACUACCGCAAGCGCUCCACCACCAUUCCCGCCGCCAACGACGCUGCCCCCGCCGACCGCGCCCAGCCGCUGAGCCCGUCCGCCGCCCCUGGCCAGAGCAUGACGUUCCGCACCAAUGGCAUGACAUACCAGGGCGCCGGCAGGACCGGUGCAUCUGAUCUGACCUGGCGUGCAACCCAAGACUGCCGUUGUUCGAUGCGGCCGUUGGACUGA